UGACCGCAUAACUUCAUUCCUGUUUCGUCUUCUCGAGUGGGGAGGAGAGGAUAGCUUGCACAUAUAGGAAAAUGAUGUCACGAGGAUAAUUUUCACUGUCAAGUAAGGAAGUAGGAAUAGAAAUAGUGAUGUUAUCUAGUGCUGUCAAACAACAUCAAACUAAACAACAUGCGAGGAGGGAAAGACAAGAAAAGAGGAAGAAGGAGGCAAUCAUAGCCUCUACAGCUCUGACACAUGCCCUGGUGGAUCAUCUCAAUGGAGGAGUUGCCCAGGCCUACGUAAAUCAGAAGAAAUUGGACACAGAGACUAAGAUUUUACAAGCUAAUGCAUCCCAGUUCUGUAGACAGACUGUACAGUGGGUAAAACUAGUGGAGGAUUUUAAUACAGCAUUAAAGGAGCUGGGAGAUGUGGAAAACUGGGCCAAAAGUAUUGAGACAGACAUGAGAACUAUAUCAAGUGCUCUGGAGUAUGCAUACACUAAAAGUGAAUGACUUGCUAAUUCUGAUGUGACCAGUGAGUGAAUGCAUCUGCAGUUUUUACACCUUCAAUUGUUUCUAUAGUAAAACCUCCAAAAGCGUGCAAUAAGAAUAUGUACUUUCACAUCCAGUUUAACUAUAUGAUAUAUAUUUAUUCUUAAAGGAAAAGUAUUCUAAAACUUGAAGUAGUUUUAAUAUAAUUGUUCAGGUUUAUGUUUAUCUCAGCUUUAAAGUACAUGUAUGACAAUUUGUUGAUGUAUUUUAUAAGGUUAUUAAAUACAUGUAGUUUUAA